CAGAUUAAUCCCUCCUCCCACAGCACAAACCCGCACCCACUCAACCCCAACUUCCAUAAAACAACCACUUUUAACAUCCACCCCACUCCUCUGGUUUCUGAUCUGACUUUAAGAUCGCUUUGUCUUCCUUUGAUUUUUCUACUUCUACUCUUCCCUGAUUCACCUCUUAUUUAUUUUCUUUUCUGUCUUGUUUUAUCUGAAAAAAAGUGAAUACUUUGAUUAACAAAAAAUGGCGAACAUCGACAUUGAGGGAAUACUCAAGGAGCUCCCGAACGAUGGUCGUGUCCCCAAGACCAAGAUCGUGUGCACUCUCGGUCCCGCAUCUCGGUCGGUGCCCAUGCUGGAGAAGCUUCUCAGGGCCGGUAUGAACGUCGCCCGCUUCAAUUUCUCCCACGGAACUCACGAGUACCAUCAGGAGACCCUCGACAAUCUCAGGAUUGCCAUGCACAACACUCAGAUUCUCUCAGCCGUCAUGCUCGAUACCAAGGGACCUGAGAUUCGAACUGGUUUUCUUAAGGAUUCAAAACCUAUUCAACUUAAAGAAGGUCAGGAAAUCACUGUCACAACCGAUUACAGCAUCAAGGGGGAUGAGGGGAUGAUCUCCAUGAGCUACAAAAAGCUGGCCGAGGACUUAAAGCCUGGGAAUACCAUCUUGUGUGCAGAUGGUACCAUCACCCUCACGGUCUUGUCUUGCAAUCUAGAUGCUGGGACUGUGCGUUGUCGUUGUGAGAAUACUGCCAUGCUGGGCGAGAGAAAAAAUGUCAAUCUUCCUGGUAUUGUGGUGGAUCUCCCCACUCUGACAGAGAAAGAUAAGGAAGACAUUCUGGAAUGGGGUGUCCCCAAUAAAAUUGAUAUGAUUGCUCUUUCAUUUGUACGCAAGGGCUCAGAUCUUGUUAAUGUCCGUAAGGUUCUUGGGCCUCAUGCCAAAAAUAUACAAUUGAUGUCGAAGGUUGAGAACCAGGAGGGAGUGAUAAAUUUUGAUGAGAUAUUGCGUGAGACUGACUCAUUCAUGGUUGCCCGUGGCGAUCUUGGAAUGGAGAUUCCAGUUGAGAAAAUUUUCUUGGCACAGAAAAUGAUGAUAUAUAAGUGUAAUCUUGUGGGCAAACCUGUUGUCACUGCUACUCAGAUGCUUGAAUCCAUGAUCAAGUCACCCCGGCCAACCCGUGCUGAAGCCACUGAUGUGGCUAAUGCUGUGCUUGAUGGUACUGACUGUGUCAUGCUUAGUGGUGAGAGUGCUGCUGGGGCCUACCCUGAAAUAGCCGUGAAGAUCAUGGCUCGAAUAUGCAUAGAAGCAGAAUCAUCCCUUGACUAUGGGGUUAUCUUUAAGGAGAUGAUUAGAUCAACCCCACUUCCAAUGAGCCCGUUGGAGAGCCUUGCUUCAUCCGCUGUUAGGACUGCCAACAAGGCCAAAGCAAAACUCAUUGUUGUGUUGACACGUGGAGGAACCACAGCCAAGUUGGUUGCCAAGUAUAGGCCAGCUGUUCCUAUCUUAUCGGUAGUGGUUCCAGUUUUGACUACGGACUCGUUUGAUUGGACGUGCAGUGACGAGACACCAGCAAGGCACAGCCUGAUAUACCGUGGAUUGAUUCCUCUACUAGCUGAAGGAUCUGCCAAGGCCACUGAUGCCGAGUCCACAGAGGUGAUUUUGGAAGCUGCCCUGAAGUCUGCAACACAGAAGGGGUUGUGCAAGCCUGGUGAUGCGGUGGUAGCACUUCAUCGUAUUGGAGCUGCCUCAGUUAUUAAGAUCUGUGUUGUAAAAUAAUAUGGUAUGCAGAAUACAAUGCUCGGCGUAUGGUGGACUUAUGUUUUGCUUUUCUCUCGUUUCUGCUUAUGCUGUUUUUCCUCUUUUUCAAGCAAUGUUGGAGGGUACCCUAAGUUGUCUUGGCUUGUUUUUCCUGUUAGUUAAUGUAAUGAAGUGCUCUACCAGUUGCUGGUAGAAAUAAGAGACGGGGCUUCCUGUUUGAUGUUUGGUGUUUGCACCGCGUCAUUUGUUUUUAUGUUAUUAUUAGUUUUUUUGUGUGUGA